CAGUACAGUCUCAGCGGUUUGCACUAAGCUGAAAUACACGGCUGUUUAACCCACAUUUAGCUCUUAAACUGCACACAUGACCUUGUAGCUGAUAAAUAAUCAGCUACAAGUUGAUGUUUUACUUACAAACUAUCAGUGUUACAAAAGUUCUGACUUUGAUAAGAUUCCUGCCAAAUACACCAUUACUAAUUAUGAAACGAUACAACAGUAAAAACCUCAAAGAUCAGGAAAGUAAUGGAGAAAUUAAUGACAUUUGCUUGCAUUGGUAUUUUAGAGAAAAAGCAAACUUAGACUGUUGUCACUGCCCUGUAGUGCCUCAUUCAUGCAACUUGCUUAUUAGUUAACUUACCUGCAACUUCCUCGAUUUGUUUCUCAGUUUCAUUUUUUUUAAUCUGGCCUAAAUUAUUAGUACUUUUAUAAAACUUGUCUGCAUUUUUAUUUGUGUAUUUUAAGUAGUUUUUUUCUACUUUAUUGUCCACUUUAUCUUUUGUCUUUGUAGUUUUAUUCUUCUGUCUUCUCUGCAGUUUCAUAUGAACUGUCCCCCCACGAAGCGCCUCCGAGGCCUGAACCAGGAUGUGGUGACGGCGGUGGCCUUCGAUGACCCUUUUGGAGAUGACGAAGACUUCACUCAGGAUGUCUUGGAUGAAAUUGACAUCAUUGCCUCACAGGCCAUCACCUCAGCUGCUGCAGGGGCGGAGAUGGCGUCUAAAUCUGGCACCAAACAGACAGAGGCGGCCCGCGGGUCGACCCGGACGUUUUCUGCAGGGCAGAGCAAACCUCUGAGCAGAACCACAGCCAAUCAGAGCAGAGAGAACUCAGUUGGGUUCAGCAGAGGAAAUGCCGGGAUGCCAAGCAGGGAGCCUCUGGGCAACAGGCAGCAGCAGUUUGGGUCGGACAGAGAUGACUCCUACAGUCUGCUGGAGGCUCAGCAUGCCGAGCUGAAGAGGAAGCUGAAGGAGGUGGAGGAGGAGAUUUUCCUGAAGAAUGGGGAGAUCCGGGUCCUGAGAGACUCUCUGAAAGCAGCUCAGCAGGAGAAGGAGGCUCAGAGACAGAACCAGAUGCUGCUGGACACUCAGAAGCUGAAGGAACACAGCGACAGGGAGAAGGAGCUCAACAGGAAGGUUCAGUCUCUGCAGUCUGAGCUGCAGUUUAAAGAAGCAGAGAUCAACGAGAUGAAGACCAAACUGCACAGUUCAGACAGAAACAAGGCAACGUCCUCACCGCUGCCCAGAAACAGCCCUAAAGUACCAAUGAAUCCUGGGAGCAGCUCGCCUUCUCCGAUAGGAAAUGGUUUCAUCACCAAGGAGAUGUUUGGGGCUCAAAUAUCGUCCAGAACCACACCGUUGAAGACACGGAGAGACGCAGACAGAACGACGUCCAGCUGCAGAUCUGCUGACAGACCAGAAGCGUCUCGUCCAGACCACUUUGUGUCCGUCAUACCUGCUCAUCGACAGCACAGAGGUGGCGUCCUGCUGGGGUUGUUACUGCAGCAGCCUUUAUCUCCCAGCAGCCUCGGCCUCUCUCACCUGCUGUCAGUGACUCAAGCCCACCUGACAUCCAGUCGGCUCUCUGCACGUUUUCUGCUUGACUCUGGUGCUGCAGCCGGUGUCGGUGUCGCUCCCACCGCGGCUCUGAGUCCAGUCCAGAGUCUGGCUGUAACUGGACUCAACAUGCUGAGUCAGAACCAACCAGCAGCUGCAGCCGACAGCAGAAACAGGUGUCCUGGAGCCGUCCUCCUCCUCCCUCUGCUGGACCUCCACCUCUCUCGGCUCCAUCAGGUUCUGGACUCUCUCAGCUCCACCGGCAGCAGCAGCAGCAGGUCGGACUUUGCAGCCUCCAGCUCAGUCUCAGCGGGCCGAGCUGCUCCUGCUGGUCCUGGGAGGCCUGAGGACUCUGGUUUGUCUGGUUUUAGUGUGGAGGACGCUGGUCUGGCUGCCCUGAGGCUCCUCUAUCUCCUGCUGGCGCACAGUGAUGAGGUGGUGGAAGCCGUGCUGUCGAAGGAGAACCGGAACAGAGUUACAGACAACAAGACCGACCGCCCCGCUGUGACUCUCUGCUCCCAGAAUGCUUUGCUGCAGUUGCUGCUGCGGUUGUGCGACGCGGGAUUUGGCGUCGGCGGCUCACAGAGGCAGCAGCUCAACAUCAGCGCCAUGAAGACGCUGUGUGUCCUAAUGGACAGGACGCCACGCACACACAGCGACAGGUUGCAGUCUGUGCUGCAGGUGGUUUGUACGAGUGUUUCAGCAGACAGCCGGCUGCAGACGGUUUCAGAGUGUUUGUCCGUCCUCACGUCGAUGUCCGACCACCAGACGUUGGCAGAGCAGCUCUGCUCUCAGCAUGAUCCUUGUCUUUUCCUGAAGUUGUUCCAGUUUAUCAGAACCAGACCAGACGACCAGGCAGCACACACAGACUGGAUCUUACUGGACCUGAAGGUGGUUCGUUUGUUGAGCAGACUGUUGACUCAGGGAGCUCAGAGCCUGAAGAGCAGUUGUCAGUGUUAUACUGAGCUGGUUCAGACGGUGGUGAUCGUCUUCCAUCGCCAGUGGUUGGAUCUUCGUGGUUCUCAGGAGCCGACGGACUCAACAGAUGUGGCUCCGCCUCUGCAGCGGUGGUUGUCUGGCCCGGCGGCGUUGCUGCUCAGAGAGUGUCUGCUGCUGCUGCACUGGCUGAUGCUGCACCACGGCAGUUUCUCGGAGAGCUGCAGGCCGCUGCUGCACAUGUACGACCAGGUGAUCCCUGCAGUCCGAGACACGCUGAGGAAGCUCAACGGUCUGAGCGAGAGCGAAGAGCUGGCGUUGGAGGAAAUCUGCCGCUCAGAGGGUGAUGAUGCCGACGACAUGGAUACCGACUCCUGAUUAGCCGACUCCACAGGUGACCCAUGACUUGACUUGAAGGACAUUUUAUUGAGCGAUGAGACGUUUGAGACGAGAUGAAGACAGAAAAAAGGCUGUUUUGUUCUGUCAGACUUUUCUUUAAAGCAGACGUUGGAGAGAUGUGAGGCCUCAGAGGUUUGUGAUGGACAGAAUCUCAGGAUUUAUUCUGUCUGAUGGAUUUAAGAAUAAAACAUGAACGUGAGAAAAGCUGC